CUUUGACGAGCUCUUCAAGCACCUGCGCGCGUCUGGCGGAAUACCUCUCCAGGAUUUCGCGUCGCUGGGUCUCUUUCUGCUUCUUCUCUUCCUCGAGCUCGGCUUUCCAUUUCGCCUUCAGUUUGCCGAGAACGGUCUUGGGCUGCGGUCCAGGCGAUGCGUACGCAGGCGCCAGCGCUGCCUCUUCAGCGUCGUAUCGAGGAUGUUGCCACACCGAACGAGGGGGGCUGCUGUUCAUGUCCACCUGGGCGCGUCAGUAUUCCAGCUGCCAGAGCUUGAAUGGAAUGGCAAGUACAUAGUAAUGGUGAUUUGUGCUUUAACUCUUGAGUGAACGUGCUGGGUGUGUGCGGUUUGAACGCUCACUGCUCGUCUAAGUGACAGAACCACCCUGGAGGGAGGGGCGUCGCCGCGUCUUCUAGAGAUCUGCGGCGGUCCUCGUCUUGUGAAUACAAGGGCAGCGUCUCAUGAGAGGAAGUGGGUUGGAGCGAAGGGCCGGCGGGAAUGGAGGUUGGAUUCUCCUCAGGACGAGGCUGGAUAGCAGACAUGCGCGCGUCAAGCUACAUGGGUAUAAGAUCUAGCUCCUCUAAAGUGAUUGAACAUGACAUCACGGAAACCAUCCAGACAGGCUCGCAAUUCCGACGGUGCUGGUCACGGAUCAGUACAGCUAUGUCACGCGAAUAAAACAACCUUGACGACGAACAAUAACUGGAGGGCUCGGCCUUGUACUUUUGGACGAGUUCUCCCAGCGCCUCCAGCCCUGCCACGGGGAUCGGUCAGUAAAGCUCAGAUAGGCAACGACUUUUGGAGAACCAUCGUGGAUUCCCUUGUGGGAAUCAAUGUGGGCAUGUUCCGUUUCUGUCGAGAACUGCGUGUGCGUAUGAGCGCUUGGCGACCUGGAACUUCGGUUAUCCCGGGAGUGCCCACCUGCGGCAUCUUCGUGGCCAGGAUGGGGAAGAUGUGUGCUUCCUCAAUCGUGUGGUGCAUCGUCAAGUCUGGAGCACGGGUCAGAGCAGUGACCUCGGGGAUGGGAUCUGGGCACUUGCGAUGGUUCAAACGCGUAGCCAUCUGCAGGAAGAGGCUCAGACUGAGGCCGCGUUGUGUGAAGGAUCCAUCUGCGAGCUCGUAUAUCGUAUUGACUGCCGUUGUGUGAGAGACGCCCAGAACCAGCGCAGGGGCAGAGAAUCAUCUCAUGGGCAUACAUUCUUGCUUGAAA